UGACGUCACAUUAGCGGCGAGACUUCGGUUACUGGAGACUGGGCCCUCGCUGCUGACCUGAAGACCUCAAGUUGGGACGAGCUGGGACGGCGCUGCCAUGACCAUUUGCCAGUUUUUCCUUCAAGGCCGGUGCCGCUUCGGAGAUCGCUGCUGGAACGAGCAUCCCGGCGCCCGGGGUACGGGCGGGGCCCGGCAGUCGCCACCGCAACAGCAGCCACCCUCAGGAAGUAACAGGCGUGGGUGGAAUGCCAGCAGCCAGAGGUACUCCAAUGUCAUCCAGCCUUCUAGCUUCCCCAAGACCACAGCGUGGGGUAGCAGCACAGAUCAAGACAAACCUCUCUUCGGCUCUUUUGAUUCCGGCGCUUCCUCCAGCGGAGGCUUUGGAUCAUCCCAAAACCCUUUUGCGUCACCUAUCUCUGACGAGCAGAAAGAUGAAAAGAAACUUCUGGAAGGAAUUGUUAAAGAUAUAGAGAUUUGGGAAUCAUCAGGGCAGUGGAUGUUUUCUGUUUACUCACCAGUGAAAAAGAAACCUAACAUCUCAGGUUUCCCAGACAUCUCACCGGAGGAGCUGAGGCUUGAAUACCAGAACUUCUUAACCAGCAAUAACUUGCAGAGCUAUCUAAAUUCUGUUCAACAGCUAGUAAGUCAGUGGAGGAAUAGGAUAAAUGAAUUGAAAAAUCUGAAUAUGUCAACCAAAGGCACUCUGCUCUCUGAUGGAGUCAGGCAGGCAGCACCUGCCUUUGGAUUUGGGAAUCAGCAAGCAGGGGCCUUUGGGUCAUCAGGGUUUCCAGUGAAUAACAGCAGCAGCAGUAAUGUCCAGAACUUCAGUUUCAAAACAAGCCCUGCAUUUGCCCCUGCCCCUCCUGGAAGCACAUCUGCCUUUGCAGGUCACCCAGCCUUUGGGGCUGGGCCCUUGGCUGGUUCCACCACCUCUUCCUCCACUCCAGCCUUUGGAGCCACAUCUGCUGUCCCCUUUUCAUUCAAGAGCCCCGAAGCUUCUAGUUUUGGGUCCCCUGGGUUUUCAGGGUUUCCGGCUUCCUCAGCAGCGAGCCCUUUUGGUCCUGCAGUGGGCCCUGCCUUUGGAAGUGGCAGCUCUGUGCCUGGCUUUAGUAAUCCCAGCCCACAUUCUCAGGCUGUGUUUGCCAAACCUUCCAAUGACCUGUUUGGAGGCAGCACCGCAGCAGCCUCCCUCCCAGGCUCCAGCACCGCAGAUAAUGUGCUGUUCACACCCCGGGACCAGCUGACCAAAGAAGAACUAGAACAGUUCCAGUCCCAGAGAUUCACCCUGGGGAAAAUCCCACUGAAGCCGCCGCCUCUGGAGCUUCUGGUGGUGUAAAGGUCAGGCUCAAGCCCUGAAGAGAACGGCUGCAGCCGGCCCUGUGAGCAUGCCGGCAGUCUGGGAGGCUGAGCAGAAGGAGUGCCACAAAGUCAG